AUGUCUUACAGCUCUAGCGAGUCUCUAUUUGUCCGUCCGAAAAUAUACCAGGAUCGGGGGAUGCAAGUGCAGAAAAUUUACGAUGAUGCAAUUGAGUCCGAUGUACAUAGAGGGGAGAACAUGAGGCACAACAUCCGCAGAGGUGGAGGAGGAAGUAGCAGGGGUUCUAGAAACGUUUUAUCUAAAGUUUUUACCGUCUCGAUGUUUUCUAAUUUGUUGAGCAGCAGCCCCUACCAGGUGAGUCCUCCCUCUGAAGAGGGGAAGGAAGCGGUGCACGUGUUUGUCAUGAAAGCAGCAGCAAAUAAUGGAAGCGACAACACCUGCAACCUCUUAGACGGGUCUCUUUCAGAUAUCGAAAUAGGCGAGGAAGUGUUCGAGGACAGUGUUUUCAUAGAGUCAAAUUACGAUCAAAUAAAAGUGCUCAAGUAUGACAAAGUAAUAGAGGAUGAUGAAAUCCCAAUCUGUUGCGAAGUCUCAGAUUUUACUGAAAAUAUGACGAAUGAGGAGAUAAUUGAGAGAAUUAACAAUUUAGAUGACCCGGUGCCAUUCAGGGAUAUGUUUAUUGUGUAUAAUUCUUUUCACGAAAAUGAAAGAAAAAAAUUUAAUAAAAUGCAAAAAUUUUUGUUUGAAAAUGUGGCCAAAAAAGAACAUUUAAAAGAGGACUAUAAAAAGGAUGCAUGGGCUUAUAUCUCUUCUUACAUGACUCAGCAAUUGUUAAGGAAAGAUUUUGUAGAUUUUAAUUCUUUAUAUAAAUUGGACGAAGAAGAAUGCAGUGUUGAAGAAUAUGUGAACUUCAUAAGGAAGAAGAAGGCCUCCUGGAAUAUCUUUUUCCGCCAUAUGGAGGACAUAGGUAGAAAGAUGAUAUAUGACUAUGUGAUGAGGGGUUCCCCCAAUAGGAGGAAUCAAGAAAUUAUUUGA